UUGUCAAAAUAUGUCAACAAAACAAACUCCGUGUUUAUUUUGAGGUUAUAUUUUAGCAAUUUGAUCAGAGUUUUAUUACUUAAAAUUGAUUCUACGAUAUUGUAAGUGUAGGUCAAAUGUCAAAUCGUCCAUUGAUAAGUGGAAUACGCGUAAAUUGAGCCUGGUCACCGGUCUUGUGAUAUUUAUCAAAUAUCAGUCAUAAAUGCUCUGUAUUACAUGGUACUACCGGUUUAAUUCUUGUGCAGUGUAGACCGAGGUCAUUUUUUGCUACAUUAGCAAGCUAAUUACGUCUCAUCUGAGAGUAAUACGUUCAAAGUAGGUAGUUUGUGUACAUAAACUUCGUAUUAGGCAUUCUAUUCGUAGUGCGUCGAUGACUAUUCCCAGUAUAUGUCGUGCUAUUCUAGCGAAUAGGUUCGGUUUCAGAAUGUCGUCCACAAAGUUUACUUACGAGGAUGCUGUCCACAAAUUAAAUUUGUUACAGUCAAAUAAAUCGACUAUAGAGCAAAUUCGUAAGGAUAUCAGGACUGGUCAAAAAUGCACCAACCUGAAGGACAUGGAGAAAUAUUUGCAGAGGACAGGAGUCACACUGUCUAUGCUAGACGAGCUGUCGGUCAUACAUGUGGCUGGCACCAAAGGCAAAGGGUCAACAAGUGCGAUGUGCGAGUCUAUACUGCGCGCGCACGGCUACCGGACCGGCUUCUACUCUUCGCCGCAUCUGGUGGAGGUGCGGGAGCGGAUCCGGCUCGACGGCGCCACCGUGACGAGGAGCCAGUUCGCGCACCACUUCUGUCGAGUGUACGACGCGUUGCAUGACACACAGUCUUUCGAAGGAGACAUGCCGAAGUACUUCGCGUUCCUCACGGUGCUGGCGUUCAACGUGUUCCUCGCGGAGAAGGUGGACGUGGCCGUCGUGGAGGUCGGCAUCGGCGGACUCGUGGACUACACCAACGUGUUGAGAAAAGUACCAGUAGUCGGUAUAACAGCCCUGGGGCUGGACCACACGUCGAUCCUGGGCACCACCAUACCAGAGAUAGCGGCCGCCAAGGCGGGCAUCAUGAAGAGCGGCUGCCAGGCGUAUACCGUGCGACAGCCGCCAGACGCUAUGCGAGUGCUGCAGACAGUUGCGUCUAAUGUACAGUGCACAUUAAACAUUGUACCUGAUUUCAACACAUACAAAUACCAAAACGGAUGCAAAUUCUCUAUAAAUUUAGAAGCAUAUCAAAUGAAUGCAUCACUUGCUGUCCAACUAUCACAUGCAUGGAUGCGAAUAGCCAGCCAAAGUACGGGAUAUCUUAUACAAAAACAAGUAAAUGGCAAUAGUAGAAGUUAUGAUAUAGAAAAUACUAAUGUAGAAAAUGAUCCAGUAUUGGUGAAUACCCUGACAAAAGACACAGUACUUGGUUUGAAGGAGUGCAAAUGGCCUGGCAGGUACCAUAUUAUUAAGUCAGAAUAUGCACAAUUCUAUUUGGAUGGAGCACACACUAAGGAGUCUAUGGAAAUAUGUGCUCAAUGGUUCUUGGAAAAUAACAGACACCAAGAAAAAAUUUUGAUAUUCAGCGCAACUGGUGAUAGAGACGCCGAAAUGCUUUUAAAACCCUUAAAAGAAAUCUAUUUUGAAACAGUAUUCUUUGUUAUUCCGACUGCAUAUAAAGAAGUAACCAAAACAAAUGAUAACUAUUCCUUAACGGAAUACAAAGAGCUUAUAUCUAGAUGUAAUCGUCAUGCUAUAAUGUGGGAAAAUUUAAAUGGAAAAUCGAAAAUUGUUGUAUCACAAUGUGUAGCAGAUACCCUAUUGGCUGUCAAAGAUAAUCAUCCUAACACAGCUGUUUUAAUAACUGGGUCUCUUCAUUUAGUGGGAGCAGCAUUGUCAAUAAUUGAUCCUAACCUAAACAAUGGGUAGCAAAAUGAUGUAAGUUACAUGAAAUCUGUGAUUUUAUAUGGGAUUAUGUUAAAAUGUGUAUUUAAAUAUUAUAAGUUAUCAAUUGUAAA